UUCGCCAGUGGACAUAUAUGUCAUGGAGCGUCUGAUAUUCAGUGCCACUUGUUCCCCCACAAUUGCCCAAUUUGUGAAAAAUUUAAAUGCCAAAAAAUUUUUGGAUACACUCCCUAGAGCCGUUCGUGGUAUCACAGAUCGUCAUUAUGUGGAUGACUAUGUCGACUGUUUUCAGUCCGAAGAAGAUGCAGUCAAAAUAUUAAAAGAAGUCAUCAAAAUUCACAAAGUUGCGGGAUUCCACUUACAUUGCAUAAAAUCCAACUCGAAAAAAGUGCUUGAUGAGUGUGGUAACCCAGAUGGCGAUAAAGGUAGUAGUGGCAACACCUUUUGUUAUGAUGGAGUAGAACGAAUACUCGGUAUUCGAUGGGUACCCGCAACAGAUGUCUUUUGUUUUGAUUUAAAACUAAAUAAAGUGGACGGACGAAUAUUAAGUGGUAAAAAAAUUCCAACCAAACGAGAGAUGUUGUGUUUAAAUAUGUCGAUCUACGACCCGUUUGGUUUUGUGAGUGACUUUAUGGUGACGUCGAAAAUUAAAAUGCAAAGUGUGUGGAAGUCUGGUAUACAAUGGGAUGAAGAGCUCCCUAAAGAAAUAUAUGGCCGCUGGAAGUUUUGGUUAGCCCAAUUGCCAAAUAUUGUGAAAUUCAAUGUGCCAAGCAGAUUAAAAAGGACUAUGGCGUGGGUGCUUCGGUACAUGCAUAAUUUGAGGUGUAAAUUAAAACAAAGUGCUGGUAGAUCUGGAGAGCUGUCAGUUGAUGAGGAAGAAGAAGCAGAGAAGUAUCUCUGUAAGCAAGUACAACAAGAGAUGUUUGGAGACGAUUUAGCCGAUCUUGCUACAAGACAAAGGUUGUCAGAAAAGAUCGAACUCAAAUCAUUAAAUCCGUUCAUGGACACCGAUGGUCUGUUACGUGUUUCCGGAAGAAUUGAUAAUGCCACUUUCUUGUGUCUCGAUGCCAGAAGGCCGAUAAUUCUACCAAAAAAUCACCUGUUUACCAGCCUUUUAGUGGAAUCCUACGACGUUCGUUUUUGCCACAUCAAUGUUGCCACAGUUAUGAGCGAAGUUCGACAAAGGUUUUGGGUGCCAUCUCUUCGUCAGCUUUUGAAUAAAAUCAAGCUCAGAUGUCCUAUGUGCAAAGUUAGUCGAGCUAAGCCUACACAACCGCAAAUGGCUCCAGUACCUGUGGAUCGUAUUACCCCAUAUGUGCGACCUUUUUCAUAUACCGGCCUUGACUAUUUUGGCCCUGUCAAUGUUACCAUUCGCCGUCGUAAAGAAAAAAGAUGGGUAGCCCUAUUUACCUGUUUAACCAUCCGAGCCGUCCAUCUUGAAAUCUCCACCGAUCUGUCUAGCGAUGCCUGUCUGCUUUGUAUACGGAAUUUCAUCAACCGAAGGGGCGUUCCAGUGAUGAUUCGAAGCGACAAUGGGACAAAUUUUGUUGGCAUCGCCAAAGAGCUCCAAGGUACGUCUAAUUUUCUCGAUAUUAAUGAUUCGUUUCGUUCAAGUAUGACGGCUCUUGGCUUUAAAUGGGUCUACAAUACACCAAACAACCCUAGUGAAGGCGGCGUUUGGGAACGCUUAGUCCAGUCGGUGAAGAAGGCCUUGUAUGCGAUGUUGAAGGAACAUGCGCCGAAAUUGGAAACCCUUCAAGCUCUGCUCAUGGAGGCGGAGAAUAUGGUGAAUGCGAGGCCUUUAACUCAUAUUCCUGUUUCUCCUGAUGAUUCGGAGCCAUUGACACCCAAUCAUUUCAUUCUUGGAUGUCCCAACUCAACUCAUACACCAGCACCUUUUGAACCAAGGCUAAUGUGCUUAAGAAAACAAUGGCGAGUGUUGCAGAACAUGAAAAAUGGCUUGUGGAAUCAGUGGGUGCGUGAGUAUCUGCCAGAUUUGACCCGACGCACAAAAUGGUGUCUGCCUUCUCAGCCAAUGAAAGUGGGAUGCCUAGUCUUCUUGUGUGAUGGUGAGCUGUCGAGAAGUCAAUGGAAGAGAGGUCGAGUCAUCCAAUUGUUCCAUGGCAAAGAUGGUGUGGCAAGAUCAGCUGAGGUCCGUACUAGUGCUGGUGUAUAUCGUCGUCCUGUUUCGAGAUUAGCUGUCCUUGACGUUGAAGCACAUGAUGGUGAAGCCUCCCCCUCUGGGUCAGUUCACGGGGGUGGGGAUGUUGGUUAGGGUAACCCUGGUGUUACCAAUAUUUGAAUCAACUGUCAACAAUUCGGAGAAAUUUCCCCACCCAACAACGUCAUUUUGUUUAUUUAUUUUUUGUUGUAAUUUAUAAUCAUCUCAUUGGUAUAAAUAAGCCUGUUAGCCCUUUAUUAGCCUCUUUUGUCGCCAUAGUAAAAAAAAUAAGUGAGUCAAGUGCUUUGUAUAAAGUUUAAAUUUUCAUAAUUUUAUUGUGUUAAAUUCAUUUUAAAAUGUUUAUUAUUACCUGUUUUUCUUUCAAUUUAAUAUUUGCUUAAAGAGAAUAAACAACCCCUAUGUUAACAACAUCAACAACGUGAACAUCAACGGCAUUGUUAACAACAACGGCAUUGUUAACAACAACGAUCACUCAUUAACCAUCAAAUAAAAUCUUUUAAUUUGCCAAACGGAA